GACAUGGUGAUCACGCACGGUCCGCCUCUGCGUCUGCACGACCCCAUCGAUGAGCCUAGAAUCCAAUGUCAGGCGCUGCGUGACGCCGUCGCCGUAUCCCGACCCCGCCUGCGCUGCCUCGGGCACAACCAGCCCGGCUGGGGCGCGACUGUUGUCAACUGGAAGGAG